AGCUCACGGGUGAGUCGAGACGAAACGGAUCCCUCCUUUGAUUGGCCACAAAAGCGCUACGUGGACAUCGAGCAGCAACAGGUAGAGCGCGUGACCGUUAUCAUUUCAUUCUGACUGCGGCUGGCAGGAGGACAACAGCGCUUCGCGUCAACCCAUUAUCGCUCUCCUCAAGCCUCUUAUCGCGCUCAAAUCGCCACGAGUUUGGCGGACAUUUAUUUCGAGGGCCUACACCAGGGUGUGGGUGAGCCAAGUAUGAAGUCCAAAGGAAAGGGGUCAAAGCGGGGCAGACAGUCUUGGGCAGAGCAGGACGACCCAGACUUUACGCUGGAAACAGAGCCAGGUUCCAGUGAGCAGGAGGGUUCAGAGGCGUCCGUGAGGCUGGGAGGCACAUGGAGAACACUGAGGGGUGAGAGGCACAGCAGUUCCCGCGUGGCCAAACGUCGCAGGCGGCAGCACGGCAGCGCUAAGGAACGCAACGUCCGCAGGCUGGAGAGUAACGAGAGAGAGAGGCAGAGGAUGCACAAACUCAACAAUGCCUUUCAGGCCCUGCGGGAGGCCAUUCCUCACGUCAACACGGACAAGAAACUUUCCAAGAUCGAGACGCUCACGCUGGCAAAGAACUACAUCAAGGCAUUAACCACAAUCAUCCUGGGCAUGUCAAACGCCUGCCUGCCUCACGCCGAGACUGACAUGGAGGCUCAUGCCUCCCGGCUCCUGCAGUGCUAUCAGCAGCAUCUACAGGAGGAGGGAGAGGAAGAUCUGUCCAACUACCUGAGCCACAUUCACAGCUUCAACCAAGGCAGCUAACGCACGCUGCCACAGACUCAAAUAGUGCUGUGUAAAUACACGCGUGAUGAUGAACUCACAAAAGGGUCCAUCUGAAUGACCCCGAGUUUACAAGCUAAAGCUGGUUCAUAAACGGGCUCAUUUACGUACAGAGUAUGCACCGAUUAUUUUGCCCACAAACAAUGAGGUAGUUAUUUUCCAACAUCAGUCUUUCUUAGAGUUACUAGCAGUGAACUCUUUGGAUUAUGAAGGGACACAAUUUUCUGGCCAAUAGUGUAGUUCACCCAAAAAACGUCACAAAAGAAUAUGUUUUGCUCAAAUAGUGACAGUCAGUGGACCCUUUAUUGUGUGGGCAAACAAAACAAAAUCUUCUUUCUUUGUUUUCCAUACAGUCAUACAGGUUUGAAACGUCCUGAGGGUGAGCAAACAAUAAAAAUAAAUUUUUUUUGGGUGAACCAUCCCUUUAACAGGGUAAGUAUUUCAUAUUAAAAAUGCAAAGUUUCGGAGCAGAUUUAAUAUUUAUUGAGAGGACACAUACCAUGCACAUGUGACACUGAGAGGAGUUCAAUGUACUCAAAUUAAGACUCUUUACCCUGUUAUUUGUCUAUAUUUAAUAAUUUCAAACUAUAUUAUCCUUUUUUUUUCUAUUGGUUUCUCUCAUGCCUUCAUAAUAUGUACAGAAGCAACCAUAAAUAAUGCCCUAUAGGACGUCACACAAUUAAUCCAGUUUCACAUAUAAUAUAAUAAAUUACCCAUAAAUAUUCCAAAUUUAUACAUCCACAUGUACAAUAUAACUUAGCAGAAGAGGAAUAAAACCAUUUGGAAAGAUCUGUUAUAAACACUGUUACUUUUUGAAAUUUGUGCUGCCUUUAAAUGGAAUUAAACCACUUAUAUAUCUAUAAAUGAAAUAUGCUGACAUCCUGAGAAAUGUUUCACAACAUUGUCAUUUUCAUCACAUUUUCAAGUGCAAAAUAAACAUUGCACUCUUUCAUCAAUGACAACAGCAAAUUAAGUGUCUGAACGUACACUACCAUUCAAAACUUAAAGGUCGGUAAGAUUCACAUGUAUUUAUUUAUUUUUUUAAUCUCACCACUGCUUUUAUUUGAUAAAAUAAAUAUUGUGAAAAUUCUGUCAUAUUCAUUCAGCUAUGCUGAUUUUUUUUUUUGCACUUUGCGGAUAUAUAACAAAUUCUUAUUAUCAAUGUUGAAAACGGUAAAGCUGUUAAAUUAUUUUGUAGCAACUUUUUAAACAUUAAACCUUUGAACAUUAUGUAGGAAGUUCAAAAGUACAGCAUUUAUUUUUGAAACAGAAAUCUUUCACAAUAUAAUCCUUCACUCUCAUUUUAGUCUUUUUUUAUAUCUUUGCUGAAUGAAGUAUGAAUUUCUUAAAAAAAACAAAAUAAUCAUAAAAAAAUCUUACUGACCCCAGAUUUUGGAACUGUAGUGUAUUUGUACAGUACCACUGUGCCGUCUCCGCUUUGAAUAAAUACAUAACCCGAUACAAGCAGAUGAUGAAAGUAUUAAAGACUUUUAUGCUUAAACCGAUGUCUAGCGGCAUUGCAGCCUAGCCGUAAAAUUCCCCGAAGCAGGUGUUUGUUUAAAAAUGUUGUUUGUGUGUGAUGUUCAAUAUAAAAUGCUUUAAGUGUACCUACAUUAGCUUACACUGUGACCUUUUGUAUUUAAUGCCCCUGAAUUCAAAUAAAAAAAAAAAAAAUGCAAA